CAUCCCAUAGCCAACAGCGACCCAGUGCUGCUUGCAUUGCUGAAUUUACUAGAGACACUUCAUCUCGGUGGAGUAAUACAGAAAAAAUACUAGUUAUUAUUUGCCUUCUUCAUCCAGAGACCUAGUGACCCAUCUUCAUCCCUGUGACACAAACCUCUAUUCCUGUUGUAGCUGAGAGGAAACUGAAGUGCAGAGAUUAAAAGCGAGACUCAGAAAAGCCAGCAGCCUCAAGCUAGUGCCUGACAUGGUGUUCUGCAUCUCAGAGGUGUUGGGCCACUGCAGUGCCUAUCAGAGACCAGUUUGGAAAUGCUGGCUUAGGAAACAAGUGUGUUCCCAUACCCAGCAGAGCCCAGCACAGAGCGGUCCUAGCUGUGUGAGCAGCUCCGUUGGUGCAGGCAAUGGAAGAAUGCCAGCUCGCAGCAGCUGAGGAUCUGGUUCCUCUUCUAUUUGUGCAUGGACUAUGCUGAAACCUGCCAGCGAUAGGAAGUAGCUGGCCCUGGCCCUAGAGCAGCCAUCAGAGACUUGGAGUGUGCCCAGCCUGCAGGUCAAACUUCCAGCACCAUGAUGACAGCUGGGAAAGGAAGGUGGUGGGAAAGAUCAUCCACCCCCAGUUCUACCAUUGUCAGCCAUGGGCCUGGGCUGUACUUGCAGCCAGCCUCUCCAUCUGGCCCUCUGAAACCUGGACCAGAAGGGGCUUGGGAACAGAAAGACCCUCUUCUGGACCUGGAACUAGUUGUCUAAGCCAUGUCAAACUUUUCAUACAGAUUGCUUUUAGAGCUAGGUCUCUGGGCUUGGAAAUCCUUCAGCAUGGACAGGACCCUGAGAAGAUAAACAAGAGCCUCCAUUCCCACUUGACUAGAUGUUCAGCUGGCUGAUUUUAACCUUGCCUAACUUUAUUCAGAGGAGCAAUGCAUAGCAGCACUGUGUGUGAUCCAUACAAAAGGGGUCUCACCCAAAGGCUUGGUAUCAGCUUCAACAUCCAAGUUGCAGUGUUUUUUCCAAAACUGACACUGCAUUGAGUUUUGUUUCCAAAAUUCAGGAGCUGUUCAAGUUCUAGAGCCAUGCUUUGCAAAGCCCUUAGGCCCGCUUCACUCCUUUCACUUAGGCUCUUUCUCCACUUUUUGUUUCCUUGGUGGUGGCUUUUUUUUUUUUUUUAAAUGUGAAUUACAGUCAGAGAGAGUUUCCCUGAAUAGCACAAAUCAAUAAUUCAGCAGCUGCUCAGUCUGCCCAGUAACCUGCUCAACAGUUCCUUCCCUUUCCCUGCUGGGCUGUAGCUGCUGUUGCUGUUUGUGACACUUGCAUCUCAGGUUUGUGCCCGAGUGUCCAUUACACCUGGGCUUCACUGUCAGUAAUGACUGGGGAAAUCCAUGUGUCACAUGGUUUAAACUAGGCGUGCAUGGUUUGGUGGUCAGUGAAGGACACACUCCCUUUCUGCUGCAAUGAACUCAGCCCUCAUCAUGAUGUUAGGUGGGACCAGGCCAGAACUGUUUUCUUCACAUUUCUCUACAAACUCAUGGGAGUUUGACAGCUCCUACAGGCUCCCAGGCACUUCAGAAUCGCCCAGCAACUCCUGGUUCACAGAGUUGUCACAGGGAGUUGUGAGACAGAUCCUGUGGGUGUGGUCAGUGAUUUACCUGCUCAGGGAGAUGCAGGGCUAGUACUGUGCAAGCCGAGGUGGCUACUCAGGUUGCUGAUUGACCACAGGGCAGCCUGGUGCUGUUUCCCUGGUGCAGCUUCUCCACUUCAGUUGUUAGUGACAGAUGUUAAUCACACUGCUUAAUGCAGUUAUGGACAGCAGUAAGGUGUCACAGUAAUGGGAACUGCGCAAUAACCUUGCCUAGAAUAGAACAGAGUGGAGCAGAACAAUGGCUCAUUUCUCUUUGCAGGCACAUCUUUUCUAUUCAGACCUCAUUAACCCCUAUGUCCCGGCUGCAUUCCAGUCCAGAGAUGUAAUGUCUGCUAAACUGCAGAGAAAUUACCAGAGGACUGCUACAGUAGUUCUUGGCACUGCUCUGGUCCAGAGGCAGAGACCAGUGUGAAGAAAAACCAACAGCAGCGAUGCUACAUGAUAGGUCUCACAUGAGGGUCCUUGAUACGAAGGGCAGCUCUACACUUCUGUAGCUGAUGGGUGAGGACAACAGCUUGGUAAAAGGAGCUACCAAGAGCUGGCAGGAUGAGUUACAGCUCACCCUCUGUGCAUGACUUCUAUCACAGCACCACUGCCACAGCCAGGCCAGACCCAGGGACAACUCUGGAUGCAACUGUACCAGAAACAGCAACCAUAAGCCCUGAAACUACCAGUUUCAACAGCACUAAAAUCCCAGAUGUGGCCAGCACUGGACCCAGCAUGAGUACAAUGCUGCUGUCCUUUGGGAUCAUUACUGUGAUUGGGUUGGCUGUAGCUAUGGUUCUGUAUAUCAGGAAGAGGAAGAGGUUGGAGAAGCUACGGCACCAGCUCAUGCCUAUGUACAACUUUGAUCCCACUGAGGAACAGGAUGAACUGGAACAGGAGCUGCUGGAACAUGGGCGAGAUGCAGCAUCUUCCCAGGCAUCACAGAGCAAGCCUUUCUGAAAGACAGAGCCGGCAGGGAUGGUUGGAACAGAUUCUGCUGACAAGUCAAGGAGCCCUCCAGAGACCCAGCCGUCUUGUGUUCACAGACGUUGCCAAUGCCAUCAAUGCAUGAACAAUACCUGCCCCUGCUCUGGGAUCGUGCUGAGACUGGGGAGGAUGAAGCCAACAAACCAGUGACUUCCCGCAAGCAUGGCCAACCCACUGGGCCCAGCUGGUCACCUGUUGGUUUGUGUUACAAAUGGGCACAAGCACUGGGAACUUUUAUCACUUUGGGAAGCAAACCCUUUGUGAUGGCAGUGGUGAUUUUUUUGUGCGUCUGUUACCACUAAAAGGUCCUGAGCCCCAGUUUCUGGGCUGGUGCUGAGUGAUACCAUCUACCAAGCUGCGUGCUUAGGAACAGUGCCUGCUUUGUUGUAGAUUAACUUGUCAGAGCACAUGUGUGCACUCUCUGGGUCAGGGAAGGAGGAGAGGUGCAUGUUUCAGAGAGCUUCCCCAUUGGCACUGUGCCACCAGACCCCAAGGAAAACGAGCCUCUCUGUUCUGGGACUGCAGCUUUGGGACACCCUGGAGGGGUGACUGAAGGCAAAGCCCCUGUGAGCAGGGAGGGCUGACUCCCCUAGCUGAGUGGUAAUCGGGUAUGCCAGGGAAAACACAUACCAUGGGCUUAUCCCCCUCGUGGCACGUGGGCUGCUGAUAAAUGUGCGCCCCGGGUGAUGUUGAAGCGUGGGGAAUUCAUUAGCUUUAAAAAGUGAAAUGGUGAACAUUUGGCUGAUUACAUCUUAACUGAGGAAGUGGCUGAAUAUCCCAAAUUAUGGCAGCGGUACAGACAGCAGGCAAUUCACACAGAUAGAGGCAGGGGGUGUCAGUGUCUGGCUACGAGACUCCUUCCCACUGAGCUAGGAAUAACGGUGCUUGGGCCACACAGAGGAGUCGAGUAGAACUGGAGUUCCAAUACCAUGUAUCACCCUCCUGCUUUGGCUCAGGGAAGUUUCUACAGUGCAGAGUGAUAUCCAGAAAAAAAGAUUAAGCCUUGAAAUAUUUUCUUUUAAAUAAGAAAAUACAUGUAUUAGCUCAACAUUACAACAGCCCCAUGUCUGCCCCCAGAGGUGACUGAACAGCUGGUUCGUGCUUCCUUACCUGCCAGGACCUGCAGUCAGAGCCUUCUCUUCUUCCUGCUGAAGGAAACAUGAAGCUUUGUGUUAGCCUCUGCUCAUGUCACCCGCUAAUGCAGAAGGUAGGACUAGACAGGUAAGCCAGGAGUUUCCCUGUAACCCCGAAGCAUCUCCCUGCCUGUGUGUCCUUCAGGGCUGCAGGAGGGAGAGAGCGUGAAGGGGUCUCUGGCCACCUUGGCAUGCUGCAGUGUGGCAUGGGGACUGUUCUCUGCAGAGCCUUUUGGUGGCCACCAGCCCCGAGUGCUGCAGGCCAGCACGGCGGCCAAGAGCCAGCAGCAGAGCCUGCAUGCAAGCAUCAGUGCCCAGCCACGCACUGAUCACCUCCUGAUUUUUUUGCAGUACAUGCAUUUGUCAGUCAGAUCAUAUUCCAUCCACAGCACCAGUCAAAAGGGAAUGAGGGCAAGCCAAAAUAUGAAUGCAAAUCUAAAGGCAGGCUUGAUGCAAGGAGAAGUUUCACUGAGUGGCAAUUCAGGUAUAGUAUGCUUUGUUGCAAGUUUGGACCUGCCAGUUAGUUUUUGUUCUCCCAAAUUUGUUUUUUUUUUCCUCCUCACUGUGAUUUUUUUCCUGUAUUUAUUAAAUGCAGACUUUUUCCUGGGCAUGUGCCACUGACCCCUGCAGUGCAUAGUUCCUUACCAGCCCUCCCUCCUUCACUGACACAGCUUCCCUCAUGGCAGUUUUGCAGGGCUAAAUUGCUUAAAAUUUUGAGCAUCCUUCUUGCCUUUUAAAACCAGGGAGCUCUGGGAGCGUAUUAGGGUGAGGAGUGUCAUCACCUGAUCUGUCAGGAGGCACUCCCAGGCUGGUGGUUGUUGCUGGUGUUUGCACUCCAGGGAUACUAUUGGAAGGAAAGUAUGUGGGUACAAAUAGCAUAAUCUGGCUUAGGUCCUUCGAAUUUGGACACUACCCGUGGGUCUCCCCAGAGGUUAUGCCUGUGCGACCAGCUGAGAGCAACUGCAUCCCACUCCACACAGAUGCACACUUACCCCCUCCUCCAAGCACUCUCUGAGGGCAGCCAGCCACAGAGACAUCAGAUUGCUCCCUUCAGCAGCUGGCACGUCACUGCCUGUCACGCUCCCACUCUCUGCAGCAGGACAGGGAUGCACCCAGCAGCAGGGGUGCAUGGCUGUCCUAAAUUGCAACGUUUCCUCUGGAACUCUUAGGAUGGGAACUUCAUUUGUUGUUUUAAACUCAAUAAAAGGCAAGUGUAAGCUGAGCUGUUUCCUCAAACCAACAGCUUACUUUGUGCUCUUUACCCCUUUACCCAACUCCACGUGCUGCACAGGCAGCUGCCAAGCAGUGCAUCUGCCAGCUCAGGUGCAAAAACACGCACCCUGUUCCACAUUAAUGCCGAGAUGUAUCUUGUAUAACAAACAUACCUACAGAGGAGUUCUCUUUAACCAUUCUUCCUGUAAUGGUAGGCUUUGUCCUGUGAUGACUGCCCUUAGAUUAAAGCAGUACAGAUAAUAAGACUAAGAGAAUAUUACGGGUAUUUGCUGGGCUUGUACUGGAGUAUUCUUUUAGUUCAGUAGCGCCUCCUCUCACAGUUCUUGGAAGUAUAUGUACAAUUUAGCAGAAGCAUUAUGAUGUAAUUUAAUUCAAGUGUUUCUGUGUUUUAAGCAUUGAAAUAUAAUUAAACUAUUUACAUGAAA